AUGCCCGAUCGUUCAGAUGCACGGACCGCGUGGAUCCAGCAGCGAUUGCUUCUCGGGCUUGGCCUGGAAGAAACAGAGUUUGACUACUUGCUCGAUGAGCCUCCGGCCAAGUCAAACACUGGUGGCAGAGACCCAGCUGUGGUUUCGCGUGCUGAAGACACCCUGCGUGAUUUUCUCGGAACAGCUGGGGUAGGGUCCUCGUUGUUUUUCCACGUUGAAACGGAGGACGUGGAGGAGUCUGAAGAAUACGACGAAGAAUACCAGGAAUCUGAGGCUGUUCUAGAGGGGAACCAGGCGGUCAGCGAAGCCCCGUCUUUGCCAGAAGGCGAGGGAACCACGGUUGAACAAAGAUCAAUAUCAAGCGAUGGAAAACCGACGGUUCCCACAGAGAGUCCGUCGGAAGACCCGGCCGUAGCAACAGUGGAGGGCUCCGAUGCGCUAGACGCGGCUUCCGCUGAGGAACCGGAAGGAGAAGCCAAUAUUUCAGAAUCAGACCAAUCGGCGGUGCCUGAGGAAGUAUUUGCGCCGCUACUUGACCAUCAGCUAGGCCUGAGCGUGUUGACAGCCGGGAUAAAUGGGGUAGGAGACAAGGCGUCUCCCGAUGCCAAUGCGGCAAUACCGCAGGAUGCGCCUAAGGUAGGCGACAACCUUCGGAACGAGUUCCGUGCCAAUCUUCACAAGUUCGAGUCGCAAGUGACUCAUGCUACGCAACAGGUCAAAGGCGACGUGCAUCUGUCGGUACCAAACAUCAACAUCGAUGACCCGGAUAUUGGAAACGAUUUCGAAGCUGUUUCAUUGCUCGAGGGCGCCACGGAAGAGUGGAGCCGACUGAUCGCCGCGGUGGUGGAGGCAGAAAACCUUAAGCGUGUCAAAGGGAAGGGUCCAAUGGCGGAGAUUGAGUUUUGGCGCCGAAGGAAUGCCUCUCUUAGUGCUCUUUACGAGCAAAUCAACAUGCCCAAGGUCCAGAGAAUGUUGAAGGUCAUGGACGAGGUAGAAGCACCCAUGUUGCCGACCUUCAACUAUCACUUCUCGGAGCUGUCAAGACUGUACAUCGAGGCAAAGGACAACGUGAAGUUUCUCACCACGCUCGAGCGCCACUUCAAGAACAUCAGCCAAGGGUCUUUUGGCGUGACUCUCGACACCCUACCUUCUAUGAUGAACGCUAUCCGCAUGGUGUGGGUCAUCAGUCGUCACUACAAUACGGAUGAGCGCAUGGUGCCGCUGAUGGAGCUUAUUGCUGGAGAGAUCGCGGGGAAGGUGGAAACUCGCAUCAACAUCCGCACGAUUCUUCAAAAAUCCCCCGAGACUGCCAAGCACAUGGUUACGGAGGCUCGAAAGGUUUUGGAGUCUUGGCAUGCAACCUACAUGGAUGUUCGUCAUCGUAUCGAAGAGUCUGGAACUGAUCACCGCUGGGAGUUUGAUCGGAAAAGAUUGUUCGAGCAAACCAACUACAUGGCAAGAGUGUGUGGAGACUUGCUCGAGGUCGCCACGGUAUUGGAUCAAUUGCACAAGUUCCUAGGGCCUGAGCUCAAGGCAGUGACCGGAGAAUCAGCCGGAAUCGACGAAAUAAUGGAUAGGGUGGAAGGCCUAGCGCUGCCGUUGAACAAGGUCCCUUUUGAUAUAUUCGACCGGAAGUACAAAGACAGCUGGUACACAGUCAUGCAGCAGUUUCGGCAACAGGUCGAGGAAAUUGAAGACAUGACCAAGUCCUUCAUUGAGCAGUCUUUCCAGAAAUUGCGCUCAGCCGAGGGUGCCUUCGAGCUUGUGCAAAAUUUCCAAAAUAUCCAGAGCCGAGAGAGCAUCAACCAGUCCAUCGAUGAGAGAUACAAGGACAUACUGUCGCAAUACACGAAAGAACUGGAUCACAUCGGGGCGAUUUUCUACGCUCACAAGGCUUCACCCCCCAUUUACAAGAACUACCCGCCGGUAGCUGGUUCGAUUGCUUGGGCGCGUGAUCUUUACAACCGGGCUAAAACACCUAUUUUGAGGUUCAAGGCCCACGAAGGGCUGCUCACCAGCGCAUUCGGAGAGCAAGUCAAGCAGCGAUACCUGGUAUUCGCUCGAGCGGUGGAUGCAUAUAGUACUCACUUGUAUACGGAAUGGGAGCAGCGUGUGGGGGCCGUGGCCACUGAAAAGCUAAAGCAGCCAAUCCUGUGCGCGCUAUCUGCGAGCAGAGGGCAACCUACGGCAGAAAGUGCGGUGGACGGUGCUGGCAAGGAAGCACUUGGCCAUACGUUGACCAACCCCGCAAGAAACAAGGGACAAACCCACCAGCAAUCUACAUCGUUUACCGAGUCUAGAGGGUCUGGGAGGCCAUCGCCCCCUUAUGGGGUCAAUUUUGCGACAGAGCUGCACAUGAUUAUUCGAGAAAGCAAGUACCUGGAUCGCAUGGGCUUUCAGGUUCCCGAGGCUGCCCUCAACGUGGCGCUUCAAGAAGACAAGUACCACAAGUACAUUCAAGACAUGCACCUCAUGCUGAAGAACUACGACGUCCUCGUCGGCAGCCUGACGCAAGUGGAAACACGCUUGCUAUCAAGACAGCUGCAGCACCUUCAGGCGGUGCUUAACACGGGAUUUACUCCGCUCAACUGGAACAGUCAACGGAUUCCUUCAUUCAUUGAGACAUGUAACAAGGCUCUCAACGAGUUUUCCGGAAUUGUCAGCCAGAUUCACAAGAGCUCAACGAUGAUUCGGGAGGUGGUGUCAAGCAUCGAGAAUAUGCUCCUUAUGCAAGAGAAAGACUUUGAGACGCCAGAUGGACCUCGUGCUCCUAUGGACGUAGCUGAGUUCUACGACUCGUUGGAAACGAAGCGCAUGGCACGGCUCGAUGGUCUGGUGCAACAGUACAACAGCAUUGAGAGCUUACUCAUCAAGGUGGAAGAAGUUGUGGCUGGCACAAACACUGGCAUGUCGCUGUCACUGGCAGGGUAUUAUCACUACUGGGAAAAGUGCAUCUUCAACGCCAUUACAAAAUGCAUCAUCUCUAGCAUGGCGACGUUCUUGGCAUUGCUGCAGAGCAAGGAUCGCCCCCCGUUGUGUGAAGUCAAGGCGAACCUCAACGGCAAAGACUUGGUGGUGACACCGACGGUCAACGAUAUUUACAAGUACCUCACCAAGUCGGUCAAGCACAUUGUGGAAUCAGCACGCAUGUUUGUGCGUUGGAUGCAUGGUACCUGCUGCCAAACAGCCCCGCAGGUUGUUCACGAGGAGGAGGAGCCGCUUGUGUUUUCAUUCUACCAAGACAUGAGCAAGAACCCCCACGUGAUCAAGCUGAUGCUCCAGCUAAAUCAAGCAAUUCACAAGGUAUUCUCGAUGAUGAACAAAUAUCUAGACGGCUGGCGGCGGUACGACACUGUGUAUAACUUGUGGAAUCCCAAGCGGAAGAAGGCUUUGGAGAAGCUGGCGGAGAAAAAACAUACCUGUGUCUACUUCGAUACUCGCAUCGCUAGUUACGAGCUGCUCGCCGAGACAGUACGAGCACAACCCAGCGAAAAGGAUGUGGAUUUCAUUCGAAUAGACUGCUAUCCAGUCGCGGUCGGAAUCGCUGCUCAAGCAGACCAAUGGAAGACAGACUACGGCGCCGUGCUGCACCAGUGCUCGUCAGCACUUUUGGAAGACCUCUGCGGGAAAAUGUCUCAGUUGGAAGCGGACCUCAGAGCCGAUCCUCAAGACCUGGACGCUCUCAAGUUUGUCCUCAACACGAUCGCCGCUAUUUCGGGAAUGGGGAUGGACAUUGAGCUCAGCUACUUAGACACCAUGGAGCGGUAUCGUACUUUGCAACAGUAUGACAUUCCUGUCCCACCAGACGAAAUGGCUAAGGCACAGGGCAUCGCCCUUAGAUGGCAGGCCUUGUUUAUGGAGGCUAAGACAAAGGACCUGUGCCUCGUGAGGGUGAAAGAACGCUUCCGGGAGGUGACCAAGGAGCAAGCGGUCGGGUUCCACGCCGAGUUGAAAGAAAUGGAGGCGGCUUUCAAGGCGACCGGGCCAGGAAAUUCCAAUACGGAACUUGAAGACGGAGUGCGCCUCCUCGCCGAGUACCAGCAACGGGUGCAGGUGUGUAUGGCCAGGAAGCUGGAGCUGGUGAACGCAGAAGGGUUGUUCGGUCUAGAUACCACUGAGUACCCCGAGCUUCAGCGGGUGGUGUCGGAGUUGAAAAAGCUUGGGCGUAUCUACGAUCUCUACCAGGAACAGCGCGACUUCGAGGACGGCAACAGCGCCACACCGUGGGGUGACCUCGACGUCGGUUCGCUUCAGCGAGGGGUGGAAGUGUUGGAGAAGAAGGCUCGCAAAGAGAAACAGUUCAAGGAACAUCCUACAUUCCGGGCAGUCGAAGCACGCAUCUUCAACUUCAAAGACAGCAUUCCCCUGAUUGUUAACCUAAAAAAUGAGGCGAUGAAGCCAAGGCAUUGGCAGAAGCUGAUUGAGAUGACCGGAGUUAAGUUUGAUCCGAGCAACUUUAAGGCACUCACGCUCGGCAACAUUUUCCAAAUGGAGCUUCACCGUUUCACCGCGGAUAUUGAUGAUAUCGUCAACGAGUCUGUGCAAGAACUCAAAAUCGAGAAUGAAAUUCGGAAGGUCGAGGCAACAUGGAGAAAGACCGACCUCGUUCUCGCCAAAUAUCAGAAGAAUGGCGUCGACCGAAGUUACGUGCUGAAGGCUGCAGACGAGAUCAAAACCGAGCUCGAGGACAAUCUGCUGAAUCUGCAAACCAUGUCCUCGAGCAGGUUUGUGGGGAGUUUCGCGGAUCAGGUGCGCGGUUGGGAACGCACGUUGAAUCGAGUAAACGAGACACUCGACAUGUGGUACACAGUACAACGCAAGUGGAUGUAUUUGGAGAGUAUCUUCGUGGGGGCCGAGGAUAUUCGUUUGCAGCUACCGGAGGAGGCCAAGAAGUUCGAUGCCAUCGACAAGGCAUUCAAGCAGAUCGGCACCCAGACCUACCAGAAUCCCAAUGUUGUGGAGGCCUGUACGACCGAAAAUCGUCUGGAAACUUUGGAAAACCUCAGCGAGCGACUGGACGCCACCCAGAAAUCGCUCUCCAACUACUUGGACACGAAGAGAAACGCUUUCCCCCGGUUUUUCUUCAUCUCCGAUGAUGAGCUCCUUUCUGUUCUGGGGUCUAGCGACCCGACCUCUAUUCAGGUCCACCUGCUCAAGCUUUUUGACAACGUCAAGUCUUUGUCGUUCGGAAGAGGAGGAAAGCAUGUACUGGGCAUGGGCUCCAGUGAAGGAGAAGUGUUUCAACUCCGAGAGCCGGUGGCCGUAGAAGGGGCGGUUGAGGUCUGGAUGACUGCAGUAGAGAACGAGAUGACAAGCUCCCUUCGUUCUAUUACCAAGGAAGGAGUGUUUCGGUACGCGAACGAAGCGCGCCAGGAGUGGAUAACAGCUGUUCUGGGGAUGGUUUCGCUUGUCGGCAGCCAGAUAUGGUGGACCUGGGAGGUGGAAGACGUGUUUCGGCAGGUGGCAGAUGGCAACAAGUAUGCCAUCAAGGAUCUCGAGGCAAAGCUAACUGCGCAACUCAACGCCCUCGUCGCUCUUGUUCGAGAGAAGCUCAGCAGCCACGCACGAAAGAAAGUAAAUACGCUCCUUAUCAUCGAUGUUCACGCUCGCGAUAUCGUGGAUGGAUUCGUGAGAGAAUCAAUUCUGAACGCCAAGGAAUUUGCAUGGGAAAGCCAACUACGCUUCUAUUGGGAUCGGGAUGUAGAUGACUGCAUAAUCAGGCAGUGCACGGGAAAGUUCAGCUACGGCUACGAGUACAUGGGUAUGAACGGACGAUUGGUCAUCACCCCACUCACGGACCGUUGCUACAUGACGUUGACUCAAGCGUUGACAUUCAAACUUGGAGGUGCCCCAGCUGGCCCCGCGGGGACGGGCAAAACGGAAACAACGAAAGACCUGGCAAAGUCCUUGGCGCUCCCCUGCUUCGUGAUCAACUGCGGCGAGGGCCUUGACUACAAGGCGAUGGGAUCUAUAUUCGCGGGCCUGGUUCAGGUGGGGGCAUGGGGGUGCUUUGACGAGUUCAACCGCAUCAACAUUGAGGUUUUGUCGGUGGUGUCGGCACAACUGAAAGCCAUCCAGAACUCCCUCAUCAGCGGCAAGCCCACGGUGGACAUUGGAGUUGGAGGGGAGAUCAAAAUCAAGAGAGUUGCUGGCUUCGCGACAUGCGGGGUGUUCAUCACGAUGAACCCAGGAUAUGCCGGGCGUACUGAGUUGCCAGACAAUUUAAAAGCACUCUUUCGUCCCGUGACAAUGAUUGUGCCGGAUCUGCUCCAAAUCUGCGAGAUCAUGCUCUUCUCUGAGGGGUUUGAGGCCGCCAAGGUUCUAGCCAAGAAGAUGACAGUUCUGUACAAGUUAUCCAAGGAGCAGCUCUCGAAGCAGUACCACUACGACUUCGGUCUACGUGCUCUUAAGUCUGUACUCGUCAUGGCAGGAGGCCUGAAGAGGCAAUAUUCAGAGAUGCCUGAAGACUUGGUACUCAUGCGCGCUUUGCGUGACAGCAACAUGCCCAAGUUCGUUUUCGAAGACGUACCGUUGUUCAAAGGCCUCAUCAACGACCUGUUCCCGAAUAUGGAUUGCCCGCGGGUGGGGUAUGAGGAUCUCAAAGUUGAGGUCAGGAAAGAGUUGGAGACCAAGGGAUUCCGCUGUUCGGACGACCAAGUCUUCGAUGAUCAGGUGGACAAGUGCAUCCAGAUGUACGAAACCCAGAUCGUACGGCACACAACGAUGAUAGUAGGGCCAACGGGCGGAGGCAAAACUCUCAUAUUGGAAACGCUGAAGAAUGCUCGGUUGCCAGCGGAUGGAACGGUAGUGAAAAUGUUCGUCCUCAAUGCCAAAAAACAACCCUUGAACGAACUGUACGGGGUGAUGGACCCCGUCACGAGGGAUUGGACUGACGGGAUCUUGUCUAAGCUCUUCCGUGAGCUGAAUGCCCCCCUCGCAGCUGGCAAGGAGAACGAGAUACGUUUGAUUGUCUUCGACGGCGACGUUGAUGCAGUGUGGGUUGAAAACAUGAACUCCGUCAUGGACGACAACAAGCUGCUCACACUGCCCAACGGAGAACGCAUUCGGCUUCAGCCCCACUGCGCGUUGGUGUGCGAAACGUUCGAUCUUCAAUAUGCAUCACCUGCCACCAUCAGUCGUUGCGGUAUGGUUUGGGUGGAUCCGAAGAACCUGGGGUAUACACCGUUCUACGAACGAUGGGUGCGCCUUCGGUGCGGCGAUGGGGUCGAGGUGUCAGAGGACCGGCAAACGGAUGCCGAUCUACUUAUGGCCCUCUACAAGAAGUACGUUAAGCGGUGCGUGGACUACGUCCUCUCGGGACUAGUUGACGGACAACAGGUCGAGAAGCUACGUCAGGUCAUUGCGAUUCCCAACGUGGACAUGGUGAAACAAUUGUGCUCCAGCCUGGAUGCUUUCCUCGGCGAGGGCGUGGAAGACCGGCACGACGUCGAAGGCGUCUAUAUUUUUUGCUUGGUCUGGUCGAUGGGGGCAGCGCUGGUAAAGGACAGCCGUGACCGUUUCGACCAGUUCAUCAAGAAGAUUUCUGGCGAAGCUGUCCCGGCUGACAGCCUGUACAGCCACUUCUAUGACGUUGAAAACCACAAGUGGGAGAAGUGGAAAACACGAGUGCCUGUGUACCAACAGCCAGACCCUUUCUGCUUCCACGAGAUCAUGGUACCCACGACGGACUCUGUCCUCUACACGCACCUUCUUGAGACGUUGGCACCGAAGAAGCCCCUCCUGAUGGUCGGUGAGUCGGGUACUGCGAAGACUUUGACGAUACAGAACUACAUGAGUAGGCUCAAUGCAGAGACCACAUCUCGUCUAGUGGUGAACUUCAGCAGCCGGACGACGGCAAGGAACGUGCAGACGAGUAUCGAAGCCAACGUCGAUAAGCGUGCUGGGGCUACGUUUGCCCCACCCUCCGGCAAAACACUGGUUGUAUUUGUGGACGAUAUGAACAUGCCCAAGGUCGACACGUAUGGCACGCAGCAACCUAUCGCCCUUCUCCUGUUCCUAAUCAGCAAGGGCACUCUUUACGACAAUGGAAAGGAUCUUAACUUGAAGUACAUCAAGAACCUCAGCUAUAUUGCAGCGAUGGGACCUCCUGGCGGAGGACGAAACAACGUCGAUCCUCGCUUCGUUGCUCUCUUCAACGUGUACAACCUGAUCGAGCCAAGCCCAGUCGUGUUGCACCAUAUCUACUCCUCAAUAGUGUCUUCACGGUUGGUGAAUUUCCCUGAGCCGGUGAAGGAAGCAAGCUCGAAAGUGACCGAUGCAACCCUGAAGCUGUACAAAAUCAUCGUGGAAAGGCUCCCUCCGACCCCGUCGAAGUUCCAUUAUAUCUUUAAUCUUCGGGAUCUUUCGCGGGUAUACGAGGGGCUUUGCCUGGCCACUGAGGAUAUGUUCAGCACCGCGGAUUCAUUUGUGCGUCUUUGGCGAAACGAGUGCGUUCGCGUCUUUGGGGAUCGCCUUUUUGUGGAAGAUAUGGGUAUGCUGAGCACGGAGAUUGAGAGCGCCAUAAAGGCCGCUUGGCCCAACUCCACCGAAUAUGCCAUGACAAACCCCUUGCUGGUGGGAGAUUAUGCCCUAGCAAUCCAACGUUUAGUGGAUGAAGGGGAGGAUCCGCAGCUCUACCAGGAUCUGGGCGACUAUGACCGCACGCGCAAGGUGUUCGAGGAGGUUCUUGAAAACUACAACCUGGAUCACAAGCCGAUGAACCUGGUCCUGUUCGAAUCGGCUCUAGACCACCUUACGCGUAUAUAUCGCAUCAUUCGAAUGUCUCGUGGGAACGCAAUGCUUGUGGGCGUCGGAGGGUCGGGAAAAAAGUCUCUGACGCAGCUGGCUGCUUACUGCGCUGGCUACACUGUUUUCUCAAUAUCUUUGGUGCGCAACUACGGAGAGACGGAGUUCCGAGAGGACUUGAAGCAAUUGUUCAAGCGACUAGGGGCCGGCCCGGUUGUUUUCCUCUUCACGGAUGCACACGUGGUCGAGGAGGGCUUUCUCGAGUUCAUCAACAACAUCCUGACAACCGGGAUGGUGCCGGCUUUGUUUGAGAAGGAUGAAACAGAUCAGUGCAUUAAUUCCGUGCGGAAGGAAGUCAAGGCGACGGGCGUUCCAGACACCCCUGACAUCUGCUGGGCUUUCUUCGUUGAGAAGUGCAGAAACAACCUACACGUGGUGCUCGCUAUGAGCCCAUCUGGAGACAAGCUUCGCGUCAGGUGCCGAAGCUUUCCAGGUCUUGUUUCUGCGAGCGUCAUUGAUUGGUUCCAGCCUUGGCCCGCAGACGCCCUGCAGAAGGUUGCUGAAUACUUUCUACAGGACGAGCAGCUUCCAGAGGAGCUCCGGGAACCGAUCGUGGAGCAUUUGGUUUUCACUCACCAGAGCGUUGUCACCUUUUCCGAGCGUUUCGCGGACGAAAUGCGUCGCUACUAUUACGUGACUCCGGCCAACUACUUGGAUUUCAUAGCCAACUAUCGCACGGAGCUCAAAGAGAAUAACCGAACCAUCGAGAGUAGCGUCAAGCGACUGGAGGGGGGGCUUACUAAGCUGAUAGAGGCAGCCGAUGCUGUCGAUGUCAUGCAAAUUGAGCUGAGCGAAAAGAAAAUCGUCGUUGACGAAAAGACGUCCCACGUAGAAGCGAUGAUCAGCGAAAUCCAGGCGAAAAGCGAAGUGGCCAACAAGCAACAAGCAGAUGCCAGUGUCAAGCAGCAGUACGUUCAGGAGCAGAGCGAGAUCAUUUCGAAAGAGAAGGCGAUUGCGGACGAGGCGCUCAUGGAAGCGCUUCCUGCCGUGGAGGCCGCUGCUGCCGCCCUCGAAAACUUGGACAAGAAAGAUCUGGAUGAGAUCAAGGCGUUCACGAAUCCUCCUCAGCUCGUGAAAGAUGUUUCCAUGCAGUGCUGCUUGCUUCGUCCUGGUGGAGAGAAGUACGAAGAGACAUGGGGGGAUGCUCGAAAAAUGUUGUCCAACUCCAAGCUGCUCGACAACCUCAAGAACUACCCGAAGGACAGCAUCACGGAAAAAAUGAUCAAGGGGGUGAAAAAAUACUUCAAGAACCCGAAUCUGACGAUCGAAAACAUGAAGAGCGUGAGCAAAGCCGGGCUGGGGUUGCUGACAUGGGUGGCAGCCAUCACGAAGUACCAUGAUAUUGCCUCAAACGUCGAGCCGCUGCGCUUGAAAGUCCGCGACAUGGAAAAAGCCCAGCAACAGGCAACCAAGGAUCUAUCCGAGUUAAUGGAACUCCUCGCGACUCUAAAUUCAGAGAUUUCCGAGCUGAACGCCAACUAUACGAAGGCAAACGACGAGCUUACAGAGCUGCAGCUUCAGGCAUCCCUGAUGGAGAAGAGGCUCGCCGCUGCAUCCAAGCUCAUCACGGGGCUAACAGGAGAGCGCACAAGAUGGACCGAGGACAUCGGAAAUUUACACCAGCAAGGCGCUCGUCUCGUCGGCGACUGCCUCUUGGCGUCGUCAUUUUUGUCAUACCUAGGGGCAUUUACAACCGACUAUCGCUCAGAACUCCUUUCCAGGCGCUUGUUCGAUGAUUUAUGUGAGCGGAAAGUGCCGCUGAUGCAGCCUUUCCGGCUCGAGGCUCUCCUCACCACGGAUGCGACGGUGCAGGCGUGGGUGGCGAAUGGGCUACCUGCCGACGACCAUAGCGUGCAGAACGGGAUACUCACAACCAAGGCCUCAAGGUUCCCGUUGUGCAUUGAUCCUCAACAACAGGCCGUGUCAUGGAUUAAAAACACCUACGCAAGCAGCAAUCUGACGGUGAAGUCAUUGAACGAGGCUGAUUUUAUGAAGCACUUGGAAUUGGCGAUUCAAUUCGGAAAUCCUUUCCUCUUUGAAAGUAUUGAUGAGGACUUGGACCCAAUGCUCGACCCGGUGCUGGAGAAAAAUAUCAUUCAAGAUGGGGCAUCCAAAACCAUUGUACUUGGUGACAAAGUGGUGGAUUGGGAUGAUGGAUUCCGCUUAUUUUUCACCACGAAGCUUGCUAACCCACACUACAGCCCAGAAGUGAUGGGAAAGACCAUGAUCAUCAACUACGGGGUCACCAUGAAUGGGCUGGCGAAUCAACUUCUCAAUGUUGUGGUUGCUCAUGAGAGGCAAGAUCUUGAAGAGAGCUAUGCUGCACUCGUGUCGGAUAUGAGCGAGAAUGCCCAGCUCAUCGUCUCGCUGGAAGACACGCUCCUAAAAGAACUAAGCAGCAGCCAGGGAAAUAUUUUGGACAACGAGGAGCUUAUCCAAACCUUGGAAAAUACCAAGAGCAAGGCUGAAGAAAUUAAACUCAAGCUGGAAAAGGCCGCAUUCACAAAGGAAGAGAUCGGUGAAGCGCGGGCUGUUUACAAGCCUGUGGCCAAGCGUGGUUCAAUUUUGUACUUUGCAGAGUCCGGCUUGUCGGCCAUCAUGAGCAUGUAUGAGAUCAGCUUAGACUCCUUCCUUGGGGUUUUCAACUCGGCUCUAGACGAUGCGAAGAAAGACGUGGUGCUGGACAGCAGGAUCAACAACAUGGUGAUCGCUGUGACCCGAAACAUUUACGACUACACCUGCACCGGGAUUUUCGAGCGUCACAAGCUCAUGUUUUCUUUUCAAAUGACUUGUAUGAUUCUCGACGGAGAUGGCUCUCUCAACCGCACGGAGCUCGACUUCUUCCUGAAAGGUGACGUUUCUCUCGACUUGCCGGCGAAGACAAAGCCAGCGCCAUGGCUGGGUAACCAGGGAUGGAAAGACUUACUCUUCCUUGCCGGGAUAAACGAGGUUUACUCUGUGUUAGUGGAGCACUUCGAAAAAGAAACGACCGAGUGGCGAGCAUGGCAAAACUUGGAAGCACCGGAGGACGUCAACUUCCCUGGAGGUUUCGCCGAGACACUGAACCCUCUUCAAAAGCUCUGUGUUACGCGCUGCUUCCGCCCGGAUCGCGUGUACAACGCCGUAAAGAUUAUGGUGAUGGACACGAUGGGCGACAAGUAUGUGCAACCGCCUGUGCUGGACUAUGCGAGAAUCUUAGCCCAAUCAAGCCCUGUGAUGCCGAUGGUCUUUGUUUUGUCUCCGGGUGCUGACCCUCAGUCCGACAUCCAGAGCCUGGGUGAGCAGCGAGGUUUCACCGGGAACAAGUUCAAGUUCAUAUCGUUAGGCCAAGGCCAGGGCCCGCUUGCAGAGCAAAUGAUGGAACAAGGGUAUCAGAAAGGGCACUGGGUUCUUCUCCAAAAUUGUCAUUUGCUGGCAUCUUGGCUGAAGAAGCUGGAGAAGACGUUGCAGCUCAUGAAAUCUCCCCACAAAGACUUCCGGCUGUGGUUGACUACGGAGCCAACCGACAAGUUUCCCCUAGGUAUUUUGCAGCGUUCUUUAAAGGUAGUGACGGAGCCGCCCGAUGGUCUAAAGCUCAAUAUGCGCUCGACCUACAGCAAGAUUGACGAGGCCACCCUUGAAGAGUGCCCGCACUGGGCGUUCCGCCCGUGCCUCUACGUUCUCGCGUUCCUUCAUGCUGUGGUGCUGGAGAGGAGAAAGUACGGCAAGAUAGGCUGGAACGUGAUGUACGACUUCAACGAAUCUGACUUGAUGAUCAGCCGGCGCCUUCUUUCGCUAUAUCUGACGAAGGCAUUUGAAAGCGGUGAUGAGCUCCUUCCAUGGGGCUCCCUGAAGUACCUCAUCGGAGAUGCCAUGUACGGAGGACGUGUAUCCGACGACAUGGAUCGGCGAGUGUUGUCAACCUACUUACAGGAGUACAUGGGAGACUUUUUGUUCGAUGAUUGCCAGAAGUUCUUCUUCUCCCGUGCGGGUUUCGACUAUGAACUUCCGGAGCUUGGCGACCUUAACAACUACGUCGACAUGAUCGAGACCUUGCCCUUGAUGAACUCUCCGGCCGUGUUUGGGCUGCACCCUAACGCGGAAAUUGGGUACUACACAAACGCCACAAAGGACAUGUGGAGAAACCUCAUUAGCUUACAGCCGCGGAAGGCUGGCGGUGAUGGUGGCAUGUCCAGGGAGGACUAUAUUACCUCCAUUGCAAAGGAUAUCGAGAGCAAGGUUCCUAUUGAGAGUAUGGACGUUGGGAGCUACGAUCUCAUGAACGUAAAGAGGGAGCUUUCGGGACGAAGCGGGGGCCAGGCUCCAACCCCGUGCCAAGUGGUGCUGUUACAAGAGCUAGAACGCUGGAACAACCUUGUUAUGAGGAUGGCCACAUCCCUCCAAGACCUGCGAAGGGCUCUGACGGGCGAGAUCGGAAUGAGUGACGAGUUGGAUAACCUGGGGGAUUCACUGUUCAACGGAUUUUUACCCAGCACUUGGCGCAAGCUCUGCCCAAACACCCAGAAGCCGUUGGGAAGCUGGAUGAUGCACUUUUCGGCAAGAUAUAAGCAGUACGAUAUUUGGCUGUCAGAGGGAGAACCUGCGGUUAUGUGGCUAUCCGGGCUGCACAUCCCUGAGAGUUACCUGACGGCCUUGGUUCAAACGACGUGUCGCCUCAAGCGAUGGCCGUUGGACAAGUCAACGUUGUAUACUCAGGUUACCCGCUUCACAGAUAGUAGCGAAGCCGAACCUGUAGAAUCAGGAUGCUAUUUGUCUGGUCUGUAUCUCGAGGGAGCAGCAUGGGAUAUGGAGGAGUCGUGCCUUGUUCGACAAGAACCGAAAGUUCUCGUAACCGAGCUCCCUAUUCUGCAAGUCAUUCCGAUAGAAGCGUCCAAAUUGAAGAUUCAGAAUACGUUUAGAACCCCGGUUUAUGUUACCCAGGAGCGAAGGAAUGCUAUGGGAGUUGGGCUAGUAUUUGAAGCAGACUUGCAAAUGUUUGAGCACCCUAGUCACUGCGUGUUGCAAGGAGUUGCAUUGUGUUUGAACACAGAUACGUGA